AUGGAUGAGGAUAUGAUCAGGAGAGCUGUUGAGGCAGCGCUACGUGUGAGGGAUACUGCGAGGCCCCAGCCUGGGUUUGGUGGUCACGCCCGGGAGGGGGCUGCGCAGGAGGUUCCUGCAAGCACAGCAGAAAUGACAUCAAGCCCGAGCAACGCCCUGGCAGUGGCAGGGCCCAGCGGAAUCCAGAAUGCUGCAAGUCAAGCAGUUAGAACCACCUUAUGGAUGAAGGGAAGAACCUGUGGAAUAUGUGGUCAUUCUGAUAGUGAGAACUUACAGGAGUUCCAGAUGCCAGAUGGUAAUGUUGCCAGAGAUGAAGCAAGCUUUCUGCAUUCUUGGAUUCCAGCCGAAGAAGCUUGUUCUGGAGCCUGUAAACUGCAGCGCACAAUGGUGAAACUUGAGAAAUCAGUUGAUAUUGAUGAAUAUGAAUCUAAAUGUUAUUCAGUCCAACCAGUUCUGCGAUGUAUAAAAGGAUGUUCACCAGUUAGUACGACUCCGGUAUCAGUUGGCUUCCACUGUCUGCCUGCAGAUGCUUCCACAGACUUUCUUGAAGGCCAAACAAAGAUAGACAAGCCUGAAGAUCUAUUUGAGACAGUAGAUGCUCAUACAGAAUGCUCCUGUGAAUCUCUUAAGUGUAACUAAUAAUCUGCCCCAUGAAUAAGAGCACACAAUGUUCAUAUAAAUUAACAAUGUCACCUAACUAAUGAAUGAGACUCACACCAGAAAUUGUAUAAUACAAUGUUGUAGAUAUGUUAAUUUCCAAUAAAUAUUUGCAUCCA